UUUCGCUUCGCGUCGUGAGCUCAGUGCGAGCCGCGCUCCGCACACGAGGUGUUCGUCCAUUUUCGGAUAAGAAAGGGUGCUACCAAGAGGAUCGAACGCAAACAUUGGCGAUAAGCAAGUAAAAGAAAAAUGAGCGAGGGACAGCCGACUUACAAAUUGAUCUACUUUAACGUCCGCGGUCGUGCCGAGCAUAUUCGCUACAUAUUUGCAUACGCCGGUGUCGACUAUGUCGAUGAGAGGAUCCCUGUGGAACGGUGGCCGGAAUUGAAGAAAUCGAUGCCUUAUGGUAUGCUGCCGGUGCUGGAGAUAGACGGGAAACCGAUAGCGCAGAGCAACGCGGUCGCCAGAUACUUGGCAAGAAAACACAAUUUGGUUGGGAGAGACGAGUGGGAGGCGAUGAUGUGCGACGUGCUCGUUGACAGUCUCGGAGACCUCAAACAAUUUAUAUCCCAGUAUCGCGAACAGGAAGACCAGAUAAAGAAGGAGGAAAUGAAGGCUAAGCUUUUAAAGGAGACGAUACCGUUUUACUUAAACAAAUUCGAACAGAUCGUCUCCGACAACGGUGGAUACACCGUCGGAUCCACCACGACGUGGGCGGACUUUGUGUUCGCUGCCGCUCUCGAAGACUUCGAAACCAUUUUUGCAGCGACGGCUUUGGAGAAUUAUCCGGGACUACGAGCGCUGAAGAAAAGAGUUCAUGAGAUACCUGCGAUCGCCGAUUGGCUGGUCAGGCGGCCGCACACGGAGUUUUGAAAAAUUCCAAAACGACGUUACAUGUGAGAAUGAAGGAAAGGUGGGAACGGAUACAUAUCCACGUAUCGUCUGUAUGUUCUUAUUCAAAUAUUAUUUAAUUGACUCAUGCUGGUCGCUCGAUGGUCGAUGUGAAGAAAAUAAUGUAUCGAGUUUGUAUGUAAAUUCGUUUUAAUCAUAAUUUCUGUUAAUUUGUUUCAUUUCUUUUAUACAACUGAAUGUGCAUUAACGAAACGUAGUGAAUAGGUACUUACCUCGAGAUUAAAACGCACCACCUUCUGUAACUAUUCAUUUCGAAGCUCAAUAGGCAAGGAAAAAGAUAAACUUUUGUCUCAUUUAUUUGUACAUAUGUUGUAAAUAAAGUACACAAUAUAUUCAUGGUAUA